AUGUUCCGUCAAAGUAUCCGUCGCUUUGGUACUACGGCCUUGCGUGCCGCUGAGGGAUCGACUGCUUACUGCACCCGGGUGUCCACGGCGCAGGGCGCUGUGAAUGGCCUGACGGAGGCAAUUGGAAACACUCCGUUGAUUCGGUUAAAGAAGCUAUCCGAGCAGACCGGGUGCAAUGUGUUGGGCAAGGCGGAGUUUCAGAAUCCCGGUGGCAGUGUGAAGGAUCGGGCUGCUCUGUUCGUGGUCAAGGACGCGGAAGAGAAGGGACUUCUUCGACCGGGUGGUACAGUGGUUGAGGGCACUGCUGGAAACACCGGUAUUGGUCUCGCACACGUAUGCCGGUCCAAGGGUUACAAGCUGGUGAUCUACAUGCCCAACACUCAAUCACAGGGCAAGAUUGAUCUGCUCCGGCUGCUGGGCGCGGAAGUGUACCCUGUUCCUGCUGUGGCAUUCGACAACCCGCAGAACUACAAUCACCAAGCGCGCCGGCACGCCGAGUCCCUGGAUAACGCCGUUUGGACUAACCAGUUCGACAACACCGCCAACCGCCAAGCGCAUAUCGAGACUACCGGGCCAGAAUUGUGGGCUCAGACUGGCGGCAAGAUCGACGCAUUCACUUGCGCUACCGGGACUGGCGGUACGCUGGCUGGUAUCACCCGCUAUCUUAAGGAAGUUAGCAACGGCCAGGUCAAGAGCUUCUUGGCUGAUCCUCCGGGCAGUGUCCUGCACAGCUACAUCCAAAGCGGCGGUAAGCUGACCGAGCGCUCUGGUGGCAGUAUCACCGAAGGGAUUGGCCAGGGCCGUGUCACGGACAACCUGAAACCCGACAUUGACCUGCUGGAUGGCUCGCUGAACAUCAGUGACGAGAAAUCCAUUGAGAUGGUCUACCGUUGCCUGGAUGAGGAGGGUCUGUAUCUCGGUGCCAGCUCUGCCCUGAACGUUGCGGCUGCUAAGGAGGUUGCUGAGAAGUUGGGCAAGGGCAACACCGUUGUGACGAUUCUAUGCGACGGCGCUUACCGGUACGCAGACCGGUUGUUCUCCAACACCUGGCUGGAGAGCAAGAACCUUCGCAGUGCUAUUCCUAAGCACCUGGAGAAAUACAUUGUGCUGCCUUAG